AUGCCGCGUCCGCUGCCGAUCGCGGCGGCGCGUCUGAUGACGCGUCGCGCGCUUCUCUCGAAGAUGAACGACGACGACGACUACGACGACGACGACGGGUUCUUCUUCUCGAGUCCGUUCUCGUGGAUCAUCGUCGGCGCGAUUUUCAUGAUCCUCCUCGCGAUCGUGACGUGGAACGUCAUGGAGCGCCUCAGGGUCGUCGAGGAGGAGCGCGUGGCGGCGGAGCGCGCGGCCGCGCGAGAGGAGGCGGAGGACGAGAUGAAGGACGCGAAGAGGCGAAGGAUGGCGACGGCGUGGAUGCGAAGGUACGGCGACGGCGCGUGCGUCGAGGUCGCGAUGCCGGGCGGGAUCUCCGCGGUGGGGUACAAGGAGACCGGCCGAGAGCGAGAAGAAGCGCGCGGCGGGAAGGACGACGAGACGGAAUCGGACGAGGAGACGACGACGAGCGCGUCGCGGUAUCUCGCGGCGUUCAGACAGGACAGCGCGGAGCGAGCGCCGACGACGUCGUUUUGGCUUUCGGUCGAGGACGACGACCGCCGCGACGACUCCGCGCACGGCGGCGCGGUGAACAGGCGCGCGCGCGCGGGGAACGUGGUGUGCCCGGUGGAGAACCCGGAGAGCCGACCGCCGUCGCCCGCGACGUCGCGCUCUCGGCUCACCACGUCGGUCGUCGUCGAGAGCGUCGAGAGGCCCGGAGGCGCGGCGGAGACGGCGUCGUCGUCGACGCGCGAGGGGGGGGACGUGGAGCGAGGCUUCUUCGGAGAAGAGAGGGGGGACGUAGAGCGCGGUGGCUUGUGA